CGGAGCCUGGAUCUUUAAAAGUACUGAGCUCUUCAGAUGGUCAAUAGAGCAAACCGAGCUGCACGACGCACACUUGAGGAACCUGAGAUGGUCAGCAGCAGCAUGGCCCAGUCUGGACGCUCGUUGAUGUGUUUCCUGACAGCACUGAAGAUGAUGAUGAUGAUGAUGAUGAUGAUGAUGAUGAUGAUGAAGGCCGAGGCGACGUUCGGGCCGUACGGAUUUACCCAGGAUAGACCUGGAGUGAGACACAGACCACUGACCUACAGCAGACCUGCUCAUGGAAACAACAUCAACUUCGGAGCUUAUGCCAUUAACCCCAGGUUUUACGGGAAUUUCCAUCAUCAGCCUCCUUGGAUGUGGCCCAUGUUUCCUCACCACCGUCCCGUGUUCCCUGUCCACCGUCCAGCUGUGCCGGUGAUGCCUCCAAAGCUAGUGCUGACCAAGCCAUGUGUCACAGUGCCACCUGCUGUACCACCCACAGUACCACCUGCAGUAUCACCCUCUGUGCCACCCUCUGUGCCACCCUCUGUAUCACCCUCUGUACCACCCACAGUGCCACCCGCAGUGUCCAUUCCACCCGUAAGCACUCCUCCGGUCCCUCCUCCCACUUUACCCACCACCACACCCACCACGAUGCCCUCCACACUGCCACCCAGCACCCUGAGUGCCCCUGCUGCUCCUCCCACUCCUCCAGCUCCGGCGGAGGUGUGCAAGAGCCGCCCGCUGGACCUGGUGUUCAUCAUCGACAGCUCUCGUAGCGUCCGUCCCGCCGAAUUCGAGAAGGUCAAAGUGUUCCUCUCGGACAUGGUGGACUCGCUGGACAUCGGCCUUGAUGCCACGCAUGUUGGACUGGUCAACUACGCCAGCACGGUCAACAUCGAGUUCCUCCUGAUGACGUACCCCAACAAAGCAGAUCUCAAACGCGCCUUUUCUCGAGUCGAGCCGCUCUCCACAGGCACCAUGACCGGCUUGGCCAUCAAAACAGCUAUGGAGCGCACCUUCUCUGCCGAGUCCGGUGCCAGGCUGGCCAAUGAAAACAUCCCGAAGGUGGCCAUCAUCGUGACGGACGGACGGCCGCAGGAUAAAGUGGAGGAGGUGUCUUCUGCAGCCAGGGCUGCUGGGAUCGAGAUCUACGCCGUUGGAGUGGACAGAGCCGACAUGAAAUCUCUGCAAGCCAUGGCCAGCCAGCCGCUGGACGAUCACGUGUUCUACGUGGAGACGUAUGGUGUGAUCGAGAAACUCACGUCCAAGUUCAGGGAAACUCUCUGUGGUAUGGAUGCAUGCGCCCUCGGACACCACUGUGAGCACGAAUGCGUGAACAGCUACAACUCUUACUACUGCAAGUGCAGGGAGGGACAUGUGCUUAACCCGGACAAGAAAACCUGCUCACAGGCCAAGGAGGCUCGCAGUGACUUGGUGGAGGACGCCUGCAUGUGUGAAGCACAGAUCGCGUUCCAGAAGAAAGUCCAUCACAGUAUUAAAGAGAUAAACAACCAACUGGAUGAUCUCUCGAGACGAGUGGAUCAGUUCCAGCUGCGCUGAAUCCACUCACACACACAUCACAUCGCUAACACACGGCAAGUUGCCGAGCCUCCUGGACGUUCCUCUUUCCUCUGCUGCUUUGCUGCAUUUAUCUUUAAAAACGUGUGUUUAUCUAAACUGAAGUAACUCAGUAAGAUUACUGUUCACUUAAACUAACCUGAAAUCCGUCGUAGAAAAAACUGCGUCCUGCUCUUUAAGGACUCGUUGCUUGUU